AUGGCGCUGGGCUCUCGCCAAGGCUGCCUCUGGUGCGGCCGCGCCGCCCUGGGGCGGCCGAGGCGGCAGCGAGUCCCGGAGCGGGCGCAGCCCGCCGGGUAUUCGGCGCGGCCGUACUCCGAGGGCGGCGGUGAUGCCGAGGCAGCGAGCGGGGCGGAGCUGUUGGAGGUGUGCUGGCGGCGGUGCUUCCUCCGGGGCGGCGCGGAGCCGCUGCCCUGGAAUGCCUACCUGAGCGGCCGCCACCCCGGCUUCGGGCCGCUGGGCGCGGCGCUGCGCGCCAACCUGGCGGCGCAGUGGUGGGACUCGGCGCUGCCCGUGCGGGAGCAGGUGUUCCCCGUGGACGCCGCGCUCCACGGCCCGCCCGGCGCUCCGCGGGACGCUCAGGGGCUGCGGCUGCUGCACCCGGAGACGCUGCGCGAUGCCCUCCAGGGCUGUGGGCAGAACCCUGGCGGCCCGGCCCUGGAAGAAGUGCUGGGGGCCGCGGGGGUGCUGCGGGAGAGCCUCCUGCCCGGUAUUCUGGCACAGUAUGUCAGCUGCUUAGAGCUGGUGAACAGAAGACUGCCCUGUGGCUUUGCUCAAAUUGGAGUGUGCUUUCAUUCUGUUCCAGAAAAUGAGCAACACAACAAAAACCUUACAAGAAUAGGCGAGAGCACCACGUCUUUGCUUGCAUGGUUUAGUUCUCCCAGAACUGCAGGACAGUGGCUCGAUUACUGGCUACGCCAGAGGCUGCAGUGGUGGAGAAAGUUUGCUGUAGGCCCAUCUAACUUCAGCAGCAGUGACUUUCAGGAUGAAGAAGGCAGAAGAGGAUUUAAGUUAUGUUACCGCUUUCCUUGGGGGACAGAAACAAUAGAAACAUUGAAGAACCUUGGUGAUACUGAACUGUUACAGCUGUAUCCAGGAGAGAAAUUAAAAUUACUUGGCCGAGAUGGAAGGAAGAAUGUCAUCCCUCAUGUUUUGUCUGUAAAUGGGAAUCUGGACAGAGGAGUAUUAGCAUAUCUCUUUGAUUCUCUACAGCUAGUUGAGAAUCCAUUAACAGCAAAGAAAAAAUCACAGAGAAAGGUACUUAAGCUUCAUCCUUGCUUAGCACCCCUUAAGGUGGCCUUGGAUGUAGGAAAAGGUCCAACAACAGAGCUGAGGCAGGUUUGUCAAGGAUUGUUCAAUGAACUGACAGAAAAUGGAAUUUCUGUAUGGCCGGGUUAUCUGGAAACUGUGCACAUGUCUCUGGAACAUCUUUAUACAAAGUACGAUGAGAUGAGUAUUCCCUUCACAGUCUUGAUAAGUGAUGGCACUCUAGAGAAUGGAGUGGUCCAGCUGAGAAACAGAGACACCACUAUGAAGGAAAUGAUGCACAUUUCCAGGCUGAAGGACUUUUUAACUAAGUAUGUUACAUCAGCCAAAAAUGUGUAAACUUAAACUUGUUGAAUAAAAGGAUUUUCUUAGA